AUGGACGGCGGCGGGGACUGGCACCACAUGAGUCCCAUUCUGCGUGACAGUUUUUACUGGAAGCUAGGCUGCAAUUCUCAUCCCAAGCAUUUAAUCCAUUUACACUUACAUCAGUUGCUGAUCUCUUAAUUUCAGAUGCAUUUUACAUAUCCUCAUUGGUGCUCUCCUCCCGUCACAAUUACUGGAUAUGCUAUCCCACUUUCUCUUCUUGCAGGGAUUGUCUCCAUUAUCAGCCUAACUGUGCUGGCCUAUGAAUGUUAUAUUCAUGUGGUUCAUGCCAGAAUGAUCACUUUUUCCUGGACCUGGAGGGCCGUUACCUACAUCUGGCUGUACACACUGGUGUGGUCAGGAGUGCCUCUCAUGGGCUGAAACAGGUACAUCCUGUUUCAUGGACUAGGAUGUGCUGUAGACUGGAAAUAAGAUGCCAAUGACUUCUGCUUUGUGCUUUUCUUAUUUCUUGGCUCCCUGGUGGUGCCUGUGGGUGUCAUUGCUCAUUGCUAUGGCCAUAUUCUGUAUUCCAUUGAGUUGCUUCGUGGCGUUGAAGAUCUUCAGACAAUAAAAGUGAUAAGGAUUUUAAGAUAUGAAAAUAAACUGGCCAGAAUGUGCUUUUGUAUGACAUUCACCUUUAUGAUCCUUUGGAUGCCUUAUGUUGUGAUUUGUUUCUUGAUGUUUAGUGAUGGUGGACACUUGGUCACUCUAACAGUAUUUAUUGUUUCAUAACCCUUCACUAAUUCCAGCACUGUGUAUGAUGCAGCUUUUUAUAUCUUCAUGAUCAGAAAGUUUCAAAGGGCCCUUUUGCAUCUCCUAUGUUUCCGACUGCUCAGAUACCAGCAACCUGCUAAAGACCUACCGAGUUAAAUGCAGAUUAGACCCAUUGAGAUGUCACAGAAAGUCAGGGACAGACCAAAGAAAAAAGUGAUUUUUAACUCUUCUCCCAUCAUUUUUAUUAUCACUCAUGAUGGCUCACUAUCAGUCGAUGACAAAGACAGAACCAGUGGGUCAAAGGUUGAUGUAAUCCAAAUUCGCCCUUUAUAGGAAUGAAAGAUAGGGCUUUAAAUCAAGAUAUCACUUUUAGACUACCAUUAUAAGAUUGUUUUGGAAUCCUCAUUCUGUGUAAUAUCAACAGAAGUUUUGUGGUCCAGUAGAAAAUCUGAAUUGCUCUCAAGUUUUCUUGCCUCUGGGAGGAACUGAGCAGGACAAAUUCUUUACUUCAAUGGGUGCUUCAUAUAAUGAAAAAUCUUUUAUGGCCCAAGGUGGGCAUCAGGUACCAUCAACUUAUAACAUGCUGAAAAUUUUCACUUCAAAUAAAUAUUUUUAAAUGUUUGUAUUUCCAAGGCAAAUAACACAUACUUCUCAAAACUUAUUUAGCUGUUAAAAUAACUUUGUCUCAUACACAUGUGUGAAAUAGCUAGAAUAUCUUGAAUUUUCUGUAGUGUUGGGUCCUAUUCAGUAUCAUGACAAAUGUUUGAUCAAUAAAAUUUAUCAAAGACAAUUCUGGGAUGAAAAAGAAAAUCAAUUUCUUAACUUUAUGGGAAACAAAAGACUAUUGCUCUAUGAGUAAUAUGAUUUUUUAAAAAGGAG